UGCAGGAGGAGGGGUGCUCAAACACAGCUGUACUUGUUCAAUCACGCGCACUCCUGUCACCCUGUCUUGGGAACAUCGAGGGCGCCGUCACAGUCAGCCUGUUCUUAAGGGACUAAUCCACACGUUUAUUGCUGCUGAAUUUCGAUAGAAAUGACUUUGCUUAGGUGAUCCACGAGAGAGCUUUUAUUGCUGACCCCGGGGUUUCUGGGACUCGCCGCGCGCUGACCGGCAGAACCGAACAAAACUUCGCAAACUUGCUCGUUCUCUGAGGACUUCACCAAAGCGGCGAUGGAGCGUCCUUGGCGCUUUUACGCGCUUGUUUUAACGCUGGUGUCCUGCGUUCGUUAUUCCCUGAGCAUGGAGAGAAAUACGGAUAUCCCAGCAGAAAAACUGCUUGUACUUACUGUUGCAACACAGGAGACUGAUGGCUUUCACCGCUUCAUGCAGUCAGCAAACUACUUCAAAUUCAAUGUGAAGGUGCUGGGAAUGGGAGAGGAGUGGAAGGGAGGUGAUGUGGGUCGAUCCAUUGGUGGAGGCCAGAAGGUUCGACUACUAAAGGAAGCAAUGGAGUCUCUGGCUGACCAAGAGGACUUGGUGAUCUUAUUUGUGGACAGUUAUGACCUCAUCUUUGCCGGUGGACCUGAGGAGAUUCUUAGAAAGUUCCAGCGGACCAAUCAUAAGCUGGUGUUCGCUGCUGAGGGAAUCAUCUGGCCAGAUCCUCGACUGGCAGAGAAGUAUCCUUCUGUUCGCAGUGGGAAACGCUUUCUUAACUCUGGAGGGCUUAUUGGGUAUGCUCCAUACAUUCAGAAGAUUGUGAACCAAUGGGACCUUCAUGAUAAUGAUGAUGAUCAGCUUUUCUACACAAAGAUCUACGUGGAUCCACGUCAGAGGGAAAGACUUAAUAUGACCUUGGACCACAAGUGUGAGAUUUUCCAGAAUCUGAAUGGAGCCAUGGAUGAAGUUCUCCUAAAGUUUGGAACGGAGCGAGUGCGAGUGAGAAACACCGUCUACAACAGUUUGCCAGCCAUUAUCCAUGGAAAUGUAAACACCAAGAUAUACUUCAAUUACUUGGCCAACUACAUCCCCAAUGUGUGGAACUAUGAGCAAGGCUGUACCAUCUGUGACCAAGACAUGGUGGAUUUGUCUCAGCUUAAAGAAUUUCCACAAGUGACUGUUGGUAUAUACAUCGAGCAGCCGACUCCGUUCCUGCCAGAGUUUCUCGAGAGGUUCCUGAGUCUAGAUUAUCCCAAAGAUAAACUGAAUGUCUUUGUUCAUAACAGUGAGGUUUACCAUGAGAAGCACAUCCAGAAAUUUUGGGAAGAGAGCAAGGAUGUAUUCCGCAGUUUUAAAGUUGUUGGCCCAGAGGAGAACUUAACUCAAGGAGAAGCGAGGAACAUGGGAAUGGAUUUGUGCCGGAAGGAUCUUUCCUGUGAUUAUUACUUCAGCAUUGAUGCAGAUGUGAUGCUCACCAACCGACAGACCCUAAAACUCCUCAUCGAGCAAAACAGAAAAAUUAUUGGCCCUCUUGUCACCCGUCACGGAAAACUGUGGUCCAACUUUUGGGGAGCCUUGAGCCUAGAUGGUUAUUAUGCGAGAUCUGAGGACUACAUUGACAUCGUGCAAGGAAAGCGUGUUGGUGUGUGGAACAUCCCCUUCAUGGCCCACAUCUACCUCGUAAAAGGCCAAACUCUGCGGAAUGAGCUCAAAGAGAGGAAUGUCUUUGUCUUGGAGAGAUUGGACCCCGACAUGGCCAUGUGCAGGAAUGCCAGAGACUUGACAGUACAGAGAGAAAGAGAAUCUCCUUCUCCGGAAUCAUUCCAUAUGCUCAGACCCCCACAGGGAGUUUUCAUGUAUGUUACAAAUCGCCAUGAAUUUGGAAGGCUUAUUUCGACUGCCAACUAUAACACAUCUCAUUUUAACAAUGACCUCUGGCAAAUAUUUGAAAACCCACUGGACUGGAGAGAGAAAUACAUCCAUCCCAACUACACUCGAAUUUUCACUGAUAACCUCUUGGAGCAGCCAUGCCCAGAUGUUUUCUGGUUCCCUGUGCUCUCUGAGAAAGCCUGUGAUGAGCUGGUGAAUGAGAUGGAAAAUCAUGGUACAUGGUCUGGUGGAAAACACGAGGACAAGCGUAUCACUGGAGGCUACGAGAGUGUCCCGACAGAUGACAUUCAUAUGAAACAGAUCGAUUACGAUAAGGAAUGGCUACACUUUAUCAGAGAAUUCAUCUCCCCUGUCACUCUCAAGGUCUUCUCUGGCUAUUACACCAAGGGUUAUGCAGUCAUGAACUUUGUGGUCAAGUACACUCCAAACAGACAGGCCUAUCUAAGACCGCACCACGAUUCCUCAACAUUCACCAUUAAUAUUGCUCUCAACAACAAAGGCUUAGAUUUCCAGGGUGGAGGCUGUCGAUUUCACAGAUAUAACUGUUCCAUAGAGUCUCCUAGAAAAGGAUGGAGCUUCAUGCAUCCAGGUAGACUCACCCACCUUCACGAAGGACUUCCUACGACCAACGGUACACGCUACAUAGCAGUGUCUUUCGUAGAUCCUUAGACUCGCGUAUAGUUCUAGUAGUUCUACACUAGGAAUUUACUAGCCUUGAUAUGUCUGUGUAGCUGUUUGUCUGUUUUUAUUCUUGGUUCAUGUGUUGUGUGGCUGUUGUAUUUGCUGUCUUUUGAAACAUUUACUACUGUCGAGAGAAAAUGCUGUUCAAUAGAAGUUUAAUAAAGUCUAUGGAUGCAUUCACACAAACACAAACACGCAGGCAGAAUUUCAUACAUAUAAAUUCACUGCUCAAAAUGAGAGAUUUGACCAUGAUGUUUAAAAUAGUAAGCAUUCAAGUGAUUCUCGUUGCAAUAAAAUAAACACCACAUUGUUCUUAUGUUUUAACAUUCCAACAAAUACAGAAAUAUUUAGUGCCAUUACAACACAAUUAAGAGCAAAUGAUACACAUAUUUUGUGUAAUUGCACUUUAUUGUUGCAUUUUAAUCAUUCUUGUGUUACCGCAGAGAAUGAUGCAAACUGUUAUAAACCUUAUAAACCCUAUCAAGUAUAAUUUUCUGGCCAACCUUUGGGCUAUUCUUCCUCAACAGCACAUUCAAUUCUAAAAACUCAAUUGCGCCAUCAACAUUUAGAGUUACACCAUACAGUAUGUUCAAUAUCAGUUAGUUUGUGUUGUGAUCUUCUAACUGACAAACCCCUAAGCUCUAAGCUCAUAAACACAAGUUGGAAAAAAGGAAGAUGAGCUCAAAGUACUGUAAACUAUUAGUGUCAAUGGUAUAACACAUGACUUCAGUGAUUCCUCCAUGUAGCAGCUGACCAUGUUUUUAAAAGACAUUGGUCCUAAUUACUAGGGUUACAUGAUGUGAAACUAUGAAUGCUGUCAACAAAAUAUAAUUUUGUAUGUUUGCACAACAAGAAACGGCAGGAUUUGAAAUUAAUCCUAGUGUAUUUUUUUUUUGGUUUUUCAUGGACAAUGUUUUACUGAAGGUGUUUUUACUGUAAAAUACAAGAUAAUAAUGCCUUUUUUCUGAACUGAAAAUGUCUCGGAGAUGUCAAAAUGUUUAUACAUUCUCUUGUUCCUUACAAAUGUUUCAGCCAGGUCAGUCUCUUAACUUAUUUUGAAAUUGUUGAAAUAAUAAAAGAUGUUUUUAAAGAGAAA